CUACAUUGGGAUUCGAGUCAUGCGAUCGAGUGGUUCACUGACUGUAACACCGUCGAGCUUCCAGUUCUGUCCCAGCUCUUGCAGGAGGUUCUCGCUCUACUCCGCUGUUCUGAUUUAGUGACAUGCAGCAUUUUCCAAGUAUUUAGCUAGUGUUAAUCAAAGCUGAAUCAUUAUGAGAGAGUUGGUGAGGUUGCUUCGUGUUUGGGGUCUUCUCCUGAUGAUUUGUUCGGACUUUUCUCACUCUGGUGCGUCGUUCCCUGAUUAUGGUUGCUGCUACAAUGGUAUGGUAUUUAAGUGGGGAAGUGUAGUUGAAGAGUUGCCAGAGAUGUGUAUGCAGCUAAUGUGUGCCGCCGUGCAUGCAUCUCCAGGGAAUGACCUUACUGCAGCAAUUGUUCCUGUUAAGCUACAAUCGCACUUCUGCAAAGGAUUUGCCUCGUGUGGAGAUUGCCUAAACUACUACUGCGUUGAUGACACUGGUCUGGUGCAAGCUGAAGGUGCCAUGUGGUCUCCUGAUGAGUGUCACACGUGUGUGUGUAAUGGCAGUGAAGUGUCUUGCUCGAAGACUCCAGAGUCUUGUCCUCUCCCACCCAAUAAGUUUUGUGUAGAGAAUCCAGGACGUUGCUGUCCUCAGUGGAACUGUUCCUUUGGGUGCAUUGACGAUGCUGGAGAGCAUCACGAGCUGGGAAGUUCUUGGCAUUCUACUCCCUGUACAUACCACACGUGUACACAGAAUGGGAUGAUAACUCUGAUAGAAGACUGUUUCUUGCCCCCUCCAGUGCACCAUAGUUGUACUGAAAUUACACAGGAGAAUGAAUGUUGUCCACGGUGGCACUGCAGUGGCUGUACCGAUGCUGCUGGCAAUUACCACGAACUUUGCCACGAGUGGACAGACUCUGAUCCCUGCCUUGUCUUCACCUGCACUCCACAUGGUAUAUCUGAGAAACUUUUGGUCUGUGAGAAACAAGACCAACCUCAUGCUGGAUGUUACAACUACACUUCCCCAGGAGAAUGUUGUCCUAAAUGGAAUUGCAGUGGUUGUGUCGAUCAGUCUGGUUAUCAUCCAUUUCUAAGUAAGUGGACGUCUGACUUCUGUACUACACAUUCUUGUACAUGGAAUGGAAUACAGACUACAAGAGAAGACUGUGAGUUGGAACCUGCACCACAUCACACCUGCCUCCAAUACACCCCACCUCAACAAUGUUGUCCUCAGUGGAAGUGCAGGGGGUGUUUUGAUAAAUCUGGAGACUUGCAUGAAAUUGGCCAUACCUGGAGCACGGAAGAUCCUUGUUUACUACUCAAAUGUACCGAUGAGGGAAUAACCUUCGAACGAGUACUGUGUACAGAUCUUCGUCCCCAUCCUACAUGUACUGAAUACAUACCAGUAGGAGAGUGCUGCAGGAAAUGGAAUUGCAGUUCGUGUGUCGAUAAUGGCAAGUCUCGACGGUUAUAUGAAUUCUGGAAGAGCGACUCUUGCACAACUAACUUUUGCACGAAGAAUGGGACGCAGACUAUUAGAGAAACUUGCAAGAAGACCGAUGCGCCUCAUCCCAGCUGUCAGAAAAUUCUCCCAGAAGGAGAAUGUUGUCCCGACUGGCGCUGUAGGGGCUGCUUUGAUGUCAGUGGAAAUUAUCAUGAAAUAGACGAUGAAUGGAGCAUGAAAGACCCAUGUUUAAUGUUCCUGUGUUCUGAUGAAGGGAUAAUAAUGAAACGCUUAAAAUGCACACGUACUCCGUCGCUUUAUCCUCAUUGUUAUGAAUAUAAAGCCCAGGGAGAGUGCUGCCCAAGGUGGAACUGCAGUGGCUGCAUAGACGACACUGGUGAACAUCCAUUGUAUGAUACGUGGAAGACAGACUCGUGCACAACACACGUUUGCACAAGGGAUGGUGUUCAGGUACUGAAGGAGACUUGCACUCUUGGUCCUGCACCUCAUCCUAGUUGCCUAAGGGAAACUCCCGAAGACUCGUGCUGUGCUGAAUGGAAAUGCAGCUGCAAUAGUUUAACUACCCAAACUCUUAAGGAAAAAAAAAGAACUACUAGGUACAAGUUCAACAAUAUAAAGCCCAACUACGGUAAAGAUAAAUAA